AUGGUAUCAUCCAUCAAAAAGACUCUUCUCCUGUUGUCAAGUCUAACCGUAUUAGGUCUAGCUGCGACCACUUCAACCAAUACAAAGAAGGUAAACGCUUCUCCAUCCUCCUUAGUGAAGACAUCUCAUGUAUCAGAUGAUACCCCAGUAGAGAAUACCUCCACCAGUCCAUACAAUUCAUUCAUUAUGGCUAUCACAAUGAUUGGAUUAUCAGAAAUAGGUGACAAAACGUUCCUUAUCGCUGCCUUGAUGGCCAUGCGUAACCCAAGAUUAUUAGUGUUUUUUGCUGCUUCAUCCUCGUUAGCUAUCAUGACUGUGUUAUCUGGUAUCGCUGGUCAUAGUUUCUCUUAUUUUAUCUCUGAAAAAUAUACUGGGUUCCUAGCUGGUAUCUUAUUCUUAGUGUUUGGUUAUAAAUUGACCAAAGAAGGUUUAGAAAUGUCUAAAGAUGCUGAUGUUAGUGAAGAAAUGGCUGAAGUUGAGGAGGAAAUCGCCGUACAAUCCAUGAAUGAAACUAAUAAUAAGAUUGAAAAGGGUCCUUCUUUACGUGAAAAAUUAAGAAGGAAAAGAGGUAUGGCUAAAUAUUUGAAGAAAUGUAAAGAUUUGGCUUCUUAUAUUUUAUCUCCUGUAUUCGUUCAAGUUUUCGUUAUGGUCUUUUUGGGGGAGUUAGGGGAUCGUUCUCAAAUUAGUAUCAUUGCCUUGGCUUCGAAUAAUAAUUAUUGGUACGCUAUCGCGGGGGCUGUUCUUGGUCAUGUUGUUUGUUCAGGUGUCGCAGUUGUUGGUGGAAGAUAUUUGGCUACUAAGAUUAGUAUGAGAACUAUGACUUUGGUCGGGGCUUUAUUAUUUUAUACCUUUGGUAUAAUCUAUUUGUAUCAGUCUUACACUUAUGCUGAAAUAACUGCAUAG